CAUCUACGUCUUGCUGGCACGACAAGCCUAGGACGGAAAGCUAAGGUCACACAAUGAGCUUUAUCCCGUUCGAAACCGCACUUGGGUACCCCAUAGAUAGGUCGAUUUGGCCUCCGCCGAUGCGUCAGCAAUACUCCCUAGUGAAGGACGCUUUCCUCGUGUGUGCGCUGGAGGGUGUCCAUCCUACAGAGCUGGAUUGGUUGGGUGGACAGUUGUGCGUAGCGGUGGGGGAAGAGAUGGAUGAGGAGGGCAUCGUUCAGCAAGCGUCAGCUAUACUUUCGAGCUUCACCCAUCCGGGCCAGCUCACAGCCCCAUUGGUGACUAUAGACCAGCUGUGCAGGGCGUUCCCUAUCUUUGCAAAAAGGGGGCUAUGUACAAAGUCGUUGGGGUCGGUGGCAGCAAAAUGUUGGAGAUGGGCAUGGAACGAAGAGGCGCAGUAUGAGAGCCGGGAGAAACGCGAGCGCAUCCUUAUGGAUGUGAUCGAAAUUUGCGAGCUGCACGCUGUGUUUCUUUAUCCCGAGAUCCUACGUUGUUAUGAAGAAAAUUACGCCUAGUCGGGGAGGGGAGGCA